AUGGACUACACCACCAAUCAAGGCGCUCAAUAUGGCCGACCUGUAUCCAAUCUGGAAGCUGCUCGUGCCAAUGAGUACUUUGAGCAAUUCCUCAAUGCUACAAGUCUCAAACAAAUUCUUGGUUACUACAGGGGCCUCAUCGACUACCUCCACCUCAAGCCGAACGUCGUUUCGCUCUUCUACUCCAAGCUGCGCGCCAACCUGACGUCGUGGCGCGCCAAGGCGCUGUGGAAGAAGUUCGACGCCAGGGCGGCGCACAAGUGCUACCAGAAGGGCAGGGCGGCGGCGGGGGCGCGAGUCUUGAUCGUGGGCGGGGGGCCGUGCGGUCUAAGGACGGCCAUCGAGGCGCAGCUGUUGGGGGCCAAAGUGGUAGUAAUAGAGAAGAGAGACAGGUUCUCGAGAAACAAUGUGUUGCAUCUGUGGCCCUUCGUUAUUGAGGACUUGCGGAUGCUCGGUGCCAAGAAAUUUUUCGGAAAAUUUUGUGCCGGAGCCAUCGAUCACAUCAGCAUAAGACAGCUGCAAUGUAUUCUACUCAAAGUCGCCUUACUUCUUGGAGUCGAAGUGCAUACCGAAGUCGGUUUCGAGAAGCUCAUCGAACCUAGUGCAAUAGAGAAAACCGGUUGGAGGGCGGAAUUCAAACCGGCCGACCACCCGGUCGCCCACUACGAAUUCGACGUGGUGAUCGGGGCGGACGGCAAACGGAACACCUUGCAGGGCUUCUCGCGCAAGGAGUUCCGCGGCAAGUUGGCGAUCGCGAUCACGGCCAACUUCAUCAACAAGCGGACCGAAGCGGAGGCGCGCGUCGAAGAGAUCAGCGGCGUGGCGUUUAUAUUCAAUCAGAAGUUUUUCAAGGAUUUGCUGGCCGAGACGAGGAUCGAUUUGGAGAAUAUCGUUUAUUACAAGGACGAUACGCACUAUUUCGUUAUGACAGCGAAGAAGGCUAGUUUGCUGGAGAAGGGAGUGAUCAAGCAAGAUUUGUCCGACACCGAGAAAUUGCUGGCGCCCGAAAACGUGAACAGAGACGCCUUGGAGCAGUACGCGAUAGAAGCGGCGAGUUUCAGCACGAAUUACCAGAUGCCCGAUCUGGAAUUCGCCGUCAAUCAUUACGGCCAGCCGGACAUUGCCAUGUUCGAUUUCACGUCGAUGUACGCGGCCGAGAACGCCUCCAAAGUGCUCGAAAGAAACGGCCAUCGUUUGCUCAUGUGUCUCGUCGGAGACAGUUUGCUGGAGCCGUUUUGGCCGACCGGCUCCGGUUGCGCGCGCGGCUUCCUCUCCGCCUUGGACGCCGCCUGGUCGAUACGCGGCUGGUCGGCAGCCGGUCGCUCGCCGCUCGACGUCAUGGCCGAGCGCGAAUCGGUCUACCGGCUGUUGGCCCAAACGACGCCCGACAACCUCAACAAGGACUGGAAGUCGUACACGCUGGAUCCGGCAACACGGUACCCGAAUUUGAACAAGGCGGUGGUGUUGCCACAUCAGGUGGCUUGUUUGUACGAGACGGACAAUCCUGGCGGCGUGGAGAGGAUGAAGCGAGCGUCGAGCGGGAAGGCGAACGAGGUGGCGAAGAAGAGGAGGAGAGGUACGGUUGACAAUGAGGUGUUGUUGUCUUGGUUGACAGAACAACUCAAGAACGACGAAAACAUCAAAAUAUCGGAUAUCGGUUCGCUAUUCAAAGACGGCAGGGUUUUAUGUUCUAUUAUACAUCACUAUAGACCGGAUCUCUUAGAUAUCAGUUCGAUGGUCAUCGACGAUCCCAUCAAGAAUAAUCAACAUGCCAUUGAUAUUCUCGAGAAAGAAUUAGGUAUUCCACCAGUAAUGACGGGUGCUGAUAUCACAAACACAGAAGACUACUUAACUAUGGCUAGCUACCUCACCGAAAUAUAUGAUACUUUCAGAGGCGAAAUACCUCAUAUUAAACAACCAAAAUUGGAGCUGCCCGAGAGCACGAAAAUCAGCGAGCUGUCCUUCAAGACGAUCCGCACGGCCGACAUGCAACCGUUGGGCAGCGCACCGCCCAGGCCUUCCAGCCGCCAUAAAAGACAUGUAGAGGCUGUGCCCGCCCACAAACCGACCACGGCCGACAGGAAGACCAGGAAGCGACGGACGUUCGAGAGGGUGGGGCCCACCGGGGAUCAUGAAAACAAAUCGUCCAGUCAAACUUUCCGUGGUGGUGGGGGCGCAGACGAAGACCUAGCAGCCAGAAUACAAAGCCUGGAAAAUAAAUGGCGGGACCCCGUACCCGUGGACAAGAAGCCUAAAGAUCUGUUGCGUGCCAUAGGGAAAAUAGAAACGUCCGAUUGGAACAUCAAGGAGAUCGAAAAGAAAAUUCUGGAAAACAAAAUGGGAAAACCUAAUAGGGCUGUUGAUAAAGAGAAAGUGCCUAAGUGGAGCAAAGAGCAGUUUUUAGCGAGACAAACGAAAAUGGAGAAACAACAUUUGGAAAGGCAGGACAGUGCUGAGGCAAAGUUCGCAGACAUAGAUAAGAGUAUAAGAAAUCUAGAUCAAAAACUGAAAGAGGGUACAGUAAGGGAAUUAGGCCAAAAUAAAGUGGCUACCAUAACUGAAAAGCUGGCUAGCAAAGUUCCUGCUGAACCAAAACCAGUUGAGAAAAGCACUACUCGUCCACCGCCUGUCUUACCUGUCCAAGGAGGUUCAGAUAGCUGUCAUUUCUGUGGCAACCGAGUAUACCUUAUGGAGCGUCUAUCAGCUGAAGGUCGAUUCUUCCAUCAUGGAUGCUUCAAAUGUCAGUACUGCCAUACGCAGCUAAGGCUCGGAUCGUACGUCUUCGAUCGAGAUGGUCUGUACGGUUACAAAUUCUUCUGCCCACAACAUUUCGGGAUGAUAGGCGAAGUUCCGUCUGCCAAGGUAACCAGAAAACCUUCCGUCAAGAUUUCUCAAGAGAGAAGGAGUCCAGAGAAGAAACCUCUCUCAGGCAUAGCUGGAGUUGAUUUACUUGAUAAAGUUCACACUCCCGAAAGAGUCGAAUUCGCGAAUCUUUCCGUGGGCCAAAUAUCUUCUGAUCACGACGAUUCAUGUCAAAUGGACGAGGACGAAUGGACCGAUAAAAACUUUGGCGCUUCCUGUGCAGAGUUGGAUGACACUGACGACGAUUCGUCUAGCAUGAGUGAAACCGAUAGUGAUGACGAUAACGCCUAUGACGAUGCUCUAGAAGAGCCCGUUACCAAAGAGGGUACCAUGAAGUGGGCUGAGAGGUGGAAAAAUAGUUAUUCGAGGAAGAAGCUCCACACCGAUUCGAACGGUUAUAGUAGCAGUGAUCAUUCAAGUUACUGCGAAAACAGUUCUGACGAUGAUGAUUCCGAAACUGCCACUGAGGGCGAAGACGAUAUCCGAGCUCGCGAAUUGAGAAAAAAGGAAGUGUGCGUGAAACCGCCUGUCGUUCACCCGGACACUGGCACGGACACAGAGAUCGUUUCUGAUGAUACUAGUUCCGAUACGUCCAGCGAAGUCCAAAACUCGGCGACAGAAAUAUCCACAGACUCAGAAUUCGCGCAAGACGAUCCCACACCGACCAGAGAGGUCCCUUCAAUUUUCCUCAACGAUUUCAACGUAACGAAAACGAGAGGCAGCGGCAGGAACGCACCAAAGAAAAUCCAGGUGACCACCGGCUAUCUACAGAAACCCGCGAAGGGCAAACCUAGAAAGCCGCACAUAGAACUGAAGCUGAAACCGCUAGUCACCCCAGCACUACCCAAAAAACUACCCGCACCUGGUUUGCAAGGCUACGUUUUGAACCGCACUCAAAGCACUGGAGGCAUAGCUACUAAGGUGUCACUAGAGCUCAAGAAAAAGUACUUACUAGGCGAGGAUACUUCAGGAAGCAUUCAAAAGUCCGGAAGCGCUUCCACCCUGGACACCAAGUUCAAAUCCUUCCACACCAACAUCUCCGACUGCCAAAAGAUGUUGAAACCCUCAACGGAGAUCAGCGCGAGCAUGCAAACCUUCUGCAACUUGCUGAACGAUAGAAACUCUCCGGUGUUAACCUCCCAACCCUCUGUGAUAAUAAGCAAGGAAAUAACGAACGAAUCCGACCCUAACAAACCCAGUACCGUCCCUGAGUUCACGAAUGAGUCUGAAGGUCGCCCACGUAGCCCUCUACAUGAAACCUCUAUAAUAGUCCCUCAAAUCGACUGGGGCAAGAAAGACCAGUCUCUGUCUUCGGACAGCUUGGCUUCCGAUUCAGAAAACGAGAACCCCAAACAAAUACACGAUAUUCCUAGAGUUGAAGUGGAACUCGCACCUGAUUCGUUCAGCGUUGAGCCUAAAGCUCAGGCUUCGCUGUCUGAUCCCCCGAAGUCCAUAGCUAGCGAGAAGAAAUCUCUCAACCAACCGAAAACGUUGCCGAAUUUGGAAAAUUUGCUGCCCGAGAUCCACAACUCGCUACAUAAUAAGUACAAGAUGCUGGAGAAAAAUUCGGAAUCUUCAAAGCCAGAAAGUAAAUCUCUCAACAGCGGCUUGAGCUCGCCGGAAUCGGAACAAGUCACAACGGCUCUGACAGAAACCGAACUUUCCGAUUGGGCUAGAGACGAAGUGGUUUCUGAUGAUUUCGAGGACGGAAAUUUCGAGGUCAACGAAGAUUUCCAGAAAACGAAGGGAAAGCUCGCCAAAAUGGCGGAGUUUGACGACCCCAACAUUGCAACUGAAAAUCCUCUUGGAGAUAAAACGAUAAUCACCGAAGCGAUGAACAGCAUCUUGAGCGGCAAUGUGGAUUUCGAGUUCAUGGAUACCGGAAGUGAAACCAGCAGCGAAGACGGCAUCAAUGACAGUCAACGCGGCUACGUUUUGUUGAAAAAUGACAAUGAAUUCGCAGAGGACAGCUUGAACCCUACAAUCAACGAAGUUCUGGAAGCUACGAAUAUUUACGUAGGAGAACGAAUUGAACAAAUUACCGACGCUUCAGGCAAUAUCGAACAAGAAAAACCUGAGAAGCCCAAUGCUCCAGGUGAAGAAGACAUCUUAUUGAUUAUAGAAGCUGGCACGACCACGGAAGAGAACACUUGCAGCGACUCAACAGUCAAAAACGUCACAGAAAUAAGUGUGGAUAAACAAAACAUCACUAGGAACAAACCAAGCGAAAUAGCAUCAUCACCAAACGAGAAUAUUUCUCAGAAGCCUCUAGAAAAGACACAGAACGUAGAUAGCAACAUCGAAUUCCAAGAACACUGCCAUAGGUUGCAAUCCAAAGUCGAAUUCAGUAAUGUUAAGGACUCCAUCGACGUCAGGAAGUCGAGGAGAAAGAGUAAACCAGACUUGAUUCAAGGGGAACUGGAACAAACUCCCCCACAAAAAGGAAUCGCACUCACUUUAACUCCGACAAUACGUAAACCGGAUAUUCUGUACAACAAAGAAACUUUGAAAAGAGAAAGGGAUACUAACCAACGGCUCAUACAGGAAAUGGUAAUGAACAAGAUGAAGGCAGAGAACAAAUCUUUGGAGAGAAAGAAAAAGAAGGGCACUGUCUUGGGCCAGACUUCCCCACGUGAUCUGGCAAGGUCUGCAACUGCAGAUUUGAUGCCCAAGUCGAAUGUUUCCAGACCCUCAAGUACACCUGAUGUUCUAUUGUCAACAAACUAUCCACUGAAGAAUUCGAAGAGUGUUAAUAUAACUCCAAACUCGCAGUCCCCUACUAAGCUCAAGAUCCACGCUACCAGGGAUAGCAAAAAUAUUUUUGAUGAUGAAUUCGGGAAAGUAGAUGGUGAGACUCCAAAACCCCCGCCUAGACAGAACAGACAGAGCGAUGAAGCUUUCAGGAAACUUGAAAAAUUAAAGAAUGCCGUGCGGUUGAGUUCGGAGCAAGAAAACGUCGAACCACCUGAGAGCUUGGAAACACCUGCCAACAAGGCAGACAAAAAAGGUUCCUGGUUGUACUCUAAGAAAGAAACGACCCCAGUUAAGAAGCGACACAGCGCCAAUUACGAACUAGCAACCCCUGCUUUCAACAACCCGUUUUCUAGCCGCACUAAGUCGAUACCGGAUUUCCCGCAAAAGUUUUCGCCAGCUCAACUGAUCAAUUAUGAAAAUGAAACGAUGAAGAUAUUCAAGUCCGACCCGAAUAUACCGGAUGUGACCGAGAGAAGCAGGAAGAAGAACAAGGAUCCGGAGAGAAGGAAGAGUUUGUCCAAGAUAUUUUCCACGAUUUUUUCGAAGAAAAGCCCGAAUGCGGGUGGAUCGAAAGGGCUCUUCUCGAAGCUCUCUCCCAAGAUGAAGGAAAUUUCCAAGUCAUGCUCGAAUCUGGACAGAAAAGAAGAUUCAGCAGUAACAGAACCCAUGAGAAAAAAGAGUUUAUCAGAGAGUUUCAUUUAUCGAACAAUCACACCCCCUCCUGUACCACCUUUACCAUCAAAUUAUGAAGUAAAGAAAACAGAUGAAAGUUCCGAAGGUGAACAAGACUUUAAAAAGCUUGAUCAUAGUUCAUGUGAUACACUCGAUCAAAAUGAUGUGCUGGAGAGGUCGUCAAUAAGCCACAACGAGAAAAGAUCAAGUAAAUCGAGACGAGCUAGUCGGCAAACUCAAUACAAAAGACACCGCAUGGCCCAAGAGAUCCAACGCAAACUGGAAGAGACCGAAGUGAAGACCAAAGAGCUCGAACGCAGAGGCGUCUCCGUGGAGAAGGCCUUGCGCGGAGAAGAAGCAGAAAUAGGGACGGCCAAGGAGGACUCGGACCUGAUGCGCGAGUGGUUCGACCUGAUGAGGGACAGGACGGAGCUGCGCAGGUACGAGCGCGAGUUGACGGUGCGCGCGCAGGAGCUGGAGCUGGAGGACCGGCACGCCAGGUUGCAGCACGAGCUGCGCGAAAGGAUAGUAGGCGGUGAGAUAAAUGACAAACCUAAAAAUGAGGACGAUUUGAAACUUGAACAAAGUAUAAUAAGUGAAAUGAUAGAAAUUGUGGAGAAGAGGGAUUCACUUAUAGCAGAAAUUGAGGAAGAUCGGAUUAGGUAUUCCAAUGAAGAUCGAGAUCUAGAAGAACAAAUGCUUGCAAAGGGAUUGAGAUUAACACCAUUGAAAACAUCUCCGGAGAAAUAA